AUGGCCCCAGGCGCGAUUCAGAACGAGGCUCCAAACGGGACCGCCUUGAAGCCUACUGCGCGCGCUUUCCACCCUACGGGCACCCCAGACCCAGCCAAGUACCAUGCUGAGUCGUCGGACGCCGCCAUCAGUGCAGAGGCCAAGUUCGCUGCUCACAAUUACCAUCCCCUACCAAUCGUAUUCGCGCGCGCAAGCGGCUGUUCAGUGUGGGACCCCGAGGACAAGCACUAUCUAGACUUCCUCUCCGCCUACAGCGCCGUCAACCAGGGACAUUGCCACCCCGAGCUUGUGAAAGCCUUGACCGAGCAAGCUUCACGCCUGACGCUCAGUAGUCGUGCCUUCUACAAUGAUGUUUUUCCACGCUUCGCUGAGUUCGUUACGCGAACGUUCGGCUUCGACAUGGUGCUGCCGAUGAACACUGGCGCAGAGGCCGUCGAGACUGCUGUGAAGAUUGCGCGCAAGUGGGGUUACAAAGUAAAGGGGAUACCACAGAAUGAGGCAUUGGUCUUCUCUGUGACUGAAAAUUUCCACGGGCGCACAUUUGCCGCCAUAUCCAUGUCCAACGACCCCGAGUCACGAGACAACUAUGGCCCGUAUCUCCCUGGUAUCGGCAGCACCAACCCUUCAACAAACAAGCCGAUCAGGUACAACAACGUUGAUGACGUGCGGGAGGUCCUUGAGGAACAUGGCAAGAAAACAGCCGCGUUCCUUGUUGAGCCAAUCCAAGGAGAAGCUGGCAUCGUGGUGCCAGAUGACAGCUACCUGCGAGAGGUCAAGGCACUCUGCGAGAAGCACAACGUCCUCCUAAUCUGUGACGAGAUACAAACUGGUAUUGCGCGAACCGGCAAGAUGUUGUGCCUUGAGUGGAGCGGCAUCAAGCCAGACCUUGUCUUGCUAGGCAAGGCAAUCUCGGGGGGGAUGUACCCCGUCUCGUGUGUCUUGGGAUCAAAGGACGUCAUGCUUAUCGUUGAACCCGGUACUCACGGCUCAACUUACGGUGGCAACCCCCUAGGCUCCGCAGUCGCGAUACGAGCACUGGAACUCAUUCAGGAGGAAAACAUGGUUGAGCGUGCUGAAACGCUAGGCAAUAGAUUCCGCGACGGAUUGAAGAAGCUCAACAGCCCCAUGAUCACGACGAUUCGCGGCAAGGGUCUGCUCAAUGCGAUUGUAAUCGACGAGGAGAAGACGAAUGGACAUAGUGCGUGGGAUCUGUGCAUGCUCUUCAAAGAGAAGGGAUUACUGGCGAAGCCCACUCAUCAGAACAUCAUUCGCCUUGCGCCGCCACUUGUCAUUACGGAGCAAGAGAUUGAUUCUGCGCUUGCCAUUAUCAAGGAAGCAAUGGAGGAGCUCCCUAAGCUGCAGGGUAAGAGGGAGCAGGAGGUUCUGCCACCAGGCGAGAAGAAUGUACACAUCGGCGUCGACAAUUGA